UGUAGUAUUAGUAUUUUGAAUAUUUUAACAAAAAUUCAAAGACAUUUAAUGUAGGCAACCAACCGAGCAUGUUUACAUCCUACGGGUAUAAGGUAUAAGUACGUUGGCAAUAAAACAAUGUAACCUAAAAACCAAAACAAAUGCGAACUUAUUAUCCAAAAUCAAGUAUAAAAAUGACUUCCGACGUAAUGUUUGUCCUAGCCUACAUCUUAUUUGUGAUAUGUGCAGUGCACCCACCUGCGGAAGUAGUCUCCGCUGGUUUUACAAUCUCCUCGCUGUUUGAGAAACUUUUGGGCAACGAGAAUGUUGAUUUCAUUCAGUUUCACAUUAGAAGAACAACACUCACACUUUUAAUUUAUUCAUUACUUCCGUUAUUAUUUGUAUUAGGGCUGAAUACGUUCGUGACAGAAGAAACUCAAUCAGUUUUUAUUCUUAUUGAUAAUCACCCCACAAUUUAUUUAAUUCUUAGCACAGUGGCAUUAAUGUUGCCUCUGCUUGCUUUAGUGCAAAUUUAUAACUAUAAAUUGAAUUGGGCUGCACAUCCAGUUGUGCAAACACUCAAAAAGUUUUCAAAUGACAACACAACUUGGGAACAAAUUGCAACUGACAUAAACAAUGAAUACAGGAGAGUUGAGAAAAUCUGUAUAAAAACAAGCCCAAUAACAACUGUAAUAGCAACAGAAAACUGGAUCAUCAAAGUCUUACCACUGAAUUUAUUCAUUGCGCAUCAAAGUGAUGCGUCGUUGACAGUUGAACAAACCGACACGCAUGCGUUCUCGCACGACCAUGCCGGUGUUGUACAGUACAUCACUAUUAAAGUAACAUCAAAUCGUGUGGAAACGUUCAAACUACGACUGAAAGCGCUUGACUUUCAAGAUCUGCAGGAUCGUGUCGCACGAUCAAUCAAUAUUCUACCCGAAGUGAAGUUUCAUAAAUCCAUUAUCGAACAAUUCACGGAUGUUUUCAAAGAUGCGAUCAAGGAUAAUGUUAGAUAUGAACCUAUGCAGGAUGUAGAUAUUUGCAUUGGUUGUAUGCAGAACAAGUCCGAUAUAAAACUGCAGAAGUACUGUGAAGACACCCCGUCAACAGGAGAAGGCAGAGCGGCGAAUUGCACUAGUUGUUAUUGCAAACCAAUGUGGUGUGUGGAUUGUUUAGCGAGUUGGUUUGUACAUCGACAGGAUGCCAGCAAGUCUGAGACUUGGCUCUCGUCAAAGUGUACUUGCCCCACUUGUCGGGCGACGUUUUGUGUUCUAGAUGUAUGUCCAAUUGAAUUUCAAUCGGAACCCACAGAUCCUGAAAAUCAUUAAAAAAAUUAAAUUUAAAACACUAAAACGCAUGUAUUUCAAUUGCGAUGGACAGUGGCGCCAUCUACUCUUAACGUUACCAGCAAUUUAUAAGAAAAAUUAAUAUUAAUGUCCUAUAAUGUAAAAAUAUAUAUUAUUAACAAUAAAUAAGAGUUAUUUAUAUAUUUGCACAGUUAAAA